AUGGCUUACGCACUGAGCGGCCUUUCCAACCAUCGAAAUCACGGAGGGAGUGAGGACUCGUGGUCGCCUGAUUCGUCUCCGGUGGUGUCGGACGGCGAGGAUACAAGGACAUUGAAGGUACCACAAGCUAGAAGAGCGGGGAAUGGCGGGACUAGGAGCACAACUGAAGCUUCAACAGCUUCAAUGUCAAGCGAUUCUGGCAUUCAUCUGGAUUCCAAUGGCAGUCGAGCGACGGGUCCUAUUCCCGGGCAGAAGGACAGGAAUGGUAGGCGCAAGAGUAUCCAGGUCAUCAUCGAGAAGUCGGACAAGAAGGGAAGGUACACCCUCACCACGGACGACCCUGAGUUUCGUGAGAUAAUGCGGUCUGGCAUUGAGCGCGAGGCUGCCAUUCUGAAUGGAAAGAGUCGCAAUCGCUUCCGAGAUCUCGUCUUUACCCGCCAAUUCACGACAUUUGAUCGCCAGAACCCACGAGGCUCCCAGUCGCCCUUCCAUGGCUUCUUCACCCUGUUCUGGCUAGCAAUGGCUCUGUUGCUUCUCAAAAUAGCUGCUCAGAACUGGAAGAACCAGGGUUCCGUGUUUGGGAGAGCCGAAAUAUUGCACCUCAUGGUAGAUAGAGAUCUGUUUGUCCUCUCACUCACUGAUGGGGCUAUGGCAUUAUCCACUAGCUUUGGCUUCUUACUCCAAAAGGCCAUUGCGAACAACUACCUCACCUGGGGUGGAUCAGGAUGGGUCAUUCAGUCCUUGUGGGAGAUAUUUUUCGUUGUUAGCGUCAUCAGUGUUAGUUUUUAUCGGGAAUGGUCCUGGACGCAUACCGUCUUCAUCGUUCUUCACGUGUUUGUGUUGCUCAUGAAGCAGCACUCAUACGCUUUCUACAAUGGCUAUCUAUCGCGGGUUUAUCGGCGCAGAACACUACUCGGCCAAAAGCUAGAACAGCUUGAAGAAAUGGACGCACAAGAAAGCCCGUCACCAACCUCCGCAGAAGCGCAAGCCGUAAUGGCUUCAGGCCUAGACGAUGCUAGCCAACACACUCAUAUGCAUCACCGCCGUAGCAUUGGCCCAAAGUAUUCCACUAACUUCUCCAAAGAACACUCCGAAAUCGCUUCCAUGGCUCAAGCUAUCGAAGACGGUAAGCCUCUUAACGCAGAACAAAUCCAAGCCUUCAACCGUGUCCUCAAAACCGAGAUCACAAUUCUGGACGAAGAACUCCGAGGCAAAUGCACUACCUCUGGCAACUGCUACCCUAAAAACCUAACCCUCACCAACUUGAUUGACUGGACCUGUCUCCCCACUCUUGUCUACGAACUCGAGUACCCCCGCCAAGAACGCAUAAACUGGUGGUACGUCGCCGAGAAAGCCGCGGCUACGCUCGGAGUAAUCUGGAUCAUGAUUAUCAUCUCUCAAGCCUACCUCUAUCCCGUUGUCGUCGAAGUCGUGCGGCAAAAGGAAGCAGGCUUGACACUCGACCAGCGCUGGAAAGAACUGCCAUGGGUCGUGUCAGACAUGCUAUUCCCCCUCCUCCUCGAACAACUACUCGCCUGGUAUGUCAUCUGGGAAUGUCUCCUCAACGUUCUCGCAGAGCUCACAUGCUUCGCGGACCGCGGCUUCUACGGCGAUUGGUGGAACAGCAUAUCUUGGGAUCAAUAUGCGCGGGACUGGAAUCGACCUGUUCACAAUUUCCUGCUCCGCCACGUCUACCACUCCUCUAUCUCAGCGUUCCAUCUAUCCAAGAUGGGCGCCACGUUUGUGACGUUCUUGCUUAGUGCUGUUGUUCACGAAAUACUGAUGUUUUGUCUCUUUAAGAAGGUGAGAGGGUAUUUGUUUGCGUUGCAGUUGAGUCAGAUUCCACUGGCGGCGAUGAGUAGGACGAGGAUCAUGAAGGGGAGGGACACUUUGGGGAAUAUUAUCUUUUGGAUGGGACUCUUUAUUGGACCGAGUUUGAUUACGAGCUUGUAUUUGAUUGUGUAG